CUAUUAUUUAUGGCUCGCUCACGGUGACUCGCCCUGCAAAUCCCUGCCUUCAAAUGCCUCAAGAAGGCCACCGCUAUUUCCCUCGCCAUUAACAACAUCUCGUGCUGCACUGCACCGCACUGCACCGCAUUCCAUUCUCCUGUUCCUCUUCUUCGCAUACAUAAAAAGGACAUCCGAUAUGGGCAGGAAACCAGGCUUCUUCUCUCUCUUCUCCGCAACGAGGUACACGAGCCACGCCUCUUCUCCCCCUACUCCUCUUCCAUGGCCGUGGCCUUCCUGCAGCCACCCAAGGACCCGCUCCUUCAGGGAGAAAGACGGCGUCGUAGUAGACUGCGUAGGCACGAAGAGUAGUGAGUCGUCAUGCGGCGACGCCGUCGAGGCGGUCAUCCGCGGGCUGCGGUCGGACAGGCUGUUCUUCGAGCCAGGCGCGACCAGCUCCAUAGUGGAGGCGGCGGACGUCGGGGCCGUUCCGUUCGAGGGGAGCAUCGCCAUGGCGGUGGAGUCGGAGGACCCUUAUCGUGACUUCAAGCAGUCGAUGGAGGAGAUGCUGACGGCUCAUGGAGUCAUAGACUGGGCGUGGCUCGAGGAGAUGUUGGUUUGGUACUUGACAGCUAAUGGAAAGAAGACGCACGAGCUCAUAAUAGGAGCCUUUGUGGACUUGCUUGUAAGCCUUGCUUCUUCUUCGUCUUCUUCUUCUUCUCCUCCAUCUUCUUCCGAUUCUUCUUGAGCCACCGAGAUGGAGGAAGAGAACAUAUAAAGUGACGCGUUUGACUUCCUCUCUAUUCCAUCAGUGAAUGCUGUA